UGCUCGGCCCCUCCACGCGCGUCCGUCUUUGGUCUCACUUACACCUUAUACUCGACUCAACGGCCUCUCUGCCCCUUCUGCUUUGGACCGGACCGAACUAUUAGCGUACGCAUAAUAAGAUACCAGAAGAUAGAAAGUGAACAAGACCACGCUCGUCCGUGUCGGAACCUCUCCAGUUCAUCUCUGCUGUUGGUGGCUACCCGUCCGUCCGCUAUGGACAGUCUCCCAACACCGCCGAAUGAGGAGCUCGCCUCCAGACCACAGGCGUCCAAGCGGUCUCACGCUGGCUCCAAACCUGUGAAGACAAUACAUCGGCCGCUGAAGCGAACGAGCACACAUACUCACCCUCCAUCACCCGCACGAGACACCCACUCGCAGAACGGCGAUGGGAGGCAUAAGCGAGUCUGGAAGGCUUGCGAGAGGUGUCGUAUGAAGAAGACGAAGUGCGAUGGGGAGUUCCCCUGCAAGAGGUGUAAGGAUGACGGGUUAAUCUGCACGGCGGGAACGCGGAAGAAGAUCGAGUACAAGCAAUUACCACCAGGGUAUGCUGAGGUGCUGGAAAACACCCAGUUCGUCCUGAUCGCGACGGUCCAGAAGCUCUACUCGAUGGUGCGGAACGGGGAGCCGUGGGACUUCGGAGAGCCGGAACUGAACGACCGCGGCCAGCCCGUGGUGCACAACGUGGCGGCCAAACUCGGCUGCUUGCGGCCGCAUAGCGACCUGGAUCUACCCAUUCAGACCGUCUUCCCGGAAGACAAAGCAGGCAUGGCCGAGCUGGCUCGGCAAUUGAGCGAGCAGCAUCAGAAGGAGGCAGCGCGGAACGCUUCACAAAACGGUGGCGGCAGCAGCAUGCAAGGGCAAAGGCAAGAGGGGGAAUUGACCGGUGGUGGCGGCCGCACGUACAACCGGACCGACCGCGCCAGCUCCUCGGCCGCGUCCGAUGUGGAGCACUCGGACUUCGAGCUCGACACGGACUACCGCAAGGCCGCGUUCGGCACCACCACCGCGCUCAGCAUGUCCCCCGCCAGUCUCAGCUAUGGCGGCGACUUCGAAACAACACCGCUGUCGGCGUGCCCAUCGGACGGCUUCCCGCCCAGCCAGCACCAGUCGCCCACGGUCCCGACGCAGCCCGGCAACUUCCCGUGGAUGAGCAGUCGGCCGCCGUCGAUGGAUUUCACCGCCCAGCAGCUGUGGACGGCCGGCCAGAAUUACCUGGACACGGACAUGCUGAACGGGAUGUUGCUCGGCUCAAAUACCGCGAUGAAGCCCCAGGUCUUCUCGUCCUCAUGUCGGAAUCCCGAGAUCAUGAUGGGCAUGGGCGAUCCAACAAUAUACGCCGGCUACGACGAGGAUGCUCUGCGGGCGCAAUAUUGAGCUUUUAACACUCCUACCUGAACAGAGACUUCUAUGAAUUAAGUAGGGAUGAUGGCUUUCUCUUUUUGGGCACGGAGUUCCGGGGCGGCGCAUUAGGCAGGCAUAGAGCGACUUCGUCGAUAACGGCCUUUUCUUUCUAUUCUCAACCCGGUUAUCUUGGAGCUACUUAUU